GUAAAAUUUUACUACAACUAGGUUUUGGUGCCAAACCUAGAAAAAGCAACAUCCAUGGCGACAGAAAGAAACCCGAUACUUCAUAAAACUGAUUGGGCCGAAGGUUCAAAGCCAUUGCCAAAUCUCCCUUAUGAAAUCAAUGUCGAAAUACUCUUGAGACUUCCCAUCAAGUCUAUGCUGCGAUUCAGGUGCGCUUGCAAAUCAUGGCGUUCUUUGAUUUCCGAUCCGAAAAUCGUGAAAACCCACCUCAGUAUAGUAUCUUCGAACUCUAGUUAUACCCACCAUAGACUCCUCCUAAUAACUAAUGUUCCCCUUUGCGAUAUCAAGUCAUGUUCUAUUUCUUCUAUCAUGCGGCAUGAGCAAUCUGAUACUGCUGUGGGCGUUGAUUACCCUUUCGAUCCUAAAGGAUUUUGGAUUGAGGAUUCCUGUGACGGGUUGGUGUGCGUCCAUACUGAUAAGAAAACCAUAUUCCUGUGGAACCCGUCUACGAAGAAGUCUAGGAAGCUGCCCAGUAUUACGAUACCGGAUGACUGGCAACCGGCAUGUGGGUUUGGUUAUGACACAUCUACUGAUGAUUACAAGGUGGUGUUAGUUUUUAAGGGUGGAUCUAAUAGGGACUAUCAUCGAAAUAAAGUGGCGGUGUAUACGUUAAGGGCUGAUUCUUGGAGGAGGAUAGCAGACUGUCCUAAUUCUGUUAUUGUGGCUGGUAAAGGGAAAUUUGUGAGUGGGGCGCUCCAUUGGACUGUGAGGGGCAGUUCCAGUGAUGAGUUAAUCGUCUCUCUUGAUUUGGCUAAAGAGACGUAUGGGGAGGUUUCGCAACCUGAUUAUAAUAGCAAUGGUGGUUUUCUUUCGACGAUGGAUGUUUUAAGUGGAUACCUCUGUAUGCUCUGCAGGCAGUGGCGGAAUCAUGGAGUUCAUGUUGAUCUAUGGGUGAUGAAGGAAUAUGGAAUAAGAGAGUCUUGGACCAAGUUGGUUGCGAUUCAUGAUGUUACACAUCCAUUGUGUGGUGAGUAUUUCACACCAAAGUGCAUUUUGAACAAUGGUGACGUUUUAAUGGUUGUCGGGAUGCGUUUAGUUCGAUACAAUCCCAAUGAUGGAACAUUUAGUUAUCUAAAGAUUCGUGGGUUUUUUCCAAAUUAUAGUGUUUAUCCUUAUAUUGAGAGCCUAGUUUCACCCUGACACUGGUGUUGAUGCUGGAAUCUGGUGGCGACACCAUUAAUUAUUAAAGGGAA